AUGAUGACAGACCAAAUCGGAAACCAGGCUUCUCCGGCCUCUAACUCAUAUUUGAACAACGAUGGAAUAGAUGAGUUGACCCCGAUGACUCGGAGAAAAAGAGUAUCCUCGCUAUCUUUAUCUGACCAAUGGGCCGGAUCCCUUCAGAUGACUCCAACAACUGGAUCCACUGGGAAUUUAAAGCGUAUAGGUUCUUCCAAAUUGUCAAUUAAUAAUGGAUUGAAUGCAGUGCGUGUCAAAAAGACAGUCAUCGAUCAUGUCAGGGUGGCGUCAUAUGCAUUUGCCUUUGACAUUGAUGGAGUUAUUGUUAAGGGUCCAGAGACUAUCCCCGAAGCAAAAGAAGCCCUUAAACUGUUAAAUGGUGCCAACGAAUAUAACAUAAAGGUUCCGUAUAUAUUUGUUACCAAUGGAGGCGGAAGGGCUGAACAGGCUAGAGCUGAAGAACUCUCUAAGAGACUUGAUAUUGAAGUAACCGAAGACCAAGUCAUUCAGGGCCAUACUCCCAUGCGGGAGUUGGUCAGCGUUUACAAUAACGUGCUUGUUAUCGGUGGUGUUGGGGAUGCCUGCCGUAAAGUGGCUGAGAAAUAUGGAUUUAAGAAUGUAUUUACACCUUUGGAUGUGAUGAAAUGGAACCCAUCAGUCACACCUUAUCAUAAUCUGACAGAGGAAGAACUGGCAGUGGCCCGUGAUGUUGACUUCAGCAAUACAGGCAUUGACGCUAUUUUGGUGUUUGCCGAUUCUCGUAACUGGGCCGCAGAUCAGCAAAUCAUUUUAGAACUUCUUUUAUCCAAGAGCGGUUUCAUGGGAACAGUGUCAGAUUCCUUCGAAGAAGGUCCUGCACUUUACUUUGCGCAUUCAGAUUUCGUUUGGGCAACCAACUACAAUUUAUCUCGAUAUGGUAUGGGGGCACUACAAGUAUCCAUUGCAGCCCUCUAUAGAGAACACACAGGAAAGGAACUGCAAGUCACUCGAUUUGGAAAGCCACAAAGGGGCACCUUCAAAUUUGCUUCAAAGGUUCUUUCUCAAUGGCGAAAAGACGUGUUAGAAGAGCAUGUGGAAGAAUUGACAACUGAAGAGGGAACAUCAGAUAUGGAGGAACAAUCACCAGGUGACCCUUUAUUGAAUGAUCCGUCUCAGAAUAUGAAUAGAAACUCCAAACCAACUUUAUUGGCGACAGAAUCAGAAUCAGAGUCCGAUUCUGAUAAUGAAGGUUUAACAGUGGAAAAACUUUCGAAACUGACGCUCGACCUUCCACCUGCUUCAACAGUGUAUUUUGUUGGUGAUACACCUGAGUCUGACAUUAGGUUUGCAAACUCGCACGACGAAUCGUGGUACUCAAUUCUAGUCAAGACUGGGGUAUACCAGGAAGGCUCGAUUCCCAAGUAUAAGCCCAAGCAUAUUUGUGAAAAUGUACUUGAGGCUGUUAAGUUUGCGAUUGAGCGAGAACACUCAAAAGAGCUAGAGGAAUGGAAUAAUUCGGCUGUCGAUCCAGAUGCUGCAACAACACAGCUGUCGCCUUUGACACUUGUAGAAGAGACCAAAGUAGUUCCCAAGAAGCACUCUGCAAAGUUUGAGAUGUAA